CGUCACGUCGCUGCUCCCAGGCGCGCUGCAGCAGCCCGUGCGGACACUCACCUACUGCAGCCUGAGGAAGGGCAAGAGGAAAAGUGUAAAAUCUGUAGUCAAAAGGUUUCUCCGGCUGCACAACGGCCUGUGGGUUAGGAGAAAGGCUGGUUAUAAGAAGAAACUGUGGAAGAAGUCAGCUGCCCAGAGGAAGCGUUUGAGAGAGUUCACAUUGUGCACUAGGACGCAAUGUAAACUUCUUGAUAAAAUGACCACUUCUUUCUGGAAAAGAAGAAAUUGGUAUGUUGAUGAUCCCUACCAGAAGUAUCACGAUCGCACAAAUCUCCGCGUAUAG